AUGUCAACUUCAGCUCUCGCCGUCGUUCCUCCAGUGUGCCCGAUCUCGGCCACCGGAGGCAAGUCCAAGCACAAGCUGGUAAAUCAAUGUGGAGUCAAGCUCGCGUACAAGGUCAAGUGCUCGAACAACGGUAACUACUCGGUCAACAAGGUGCACGGCUUCGUCGACGUCGGAGACCAAGGAGACUUGGAGAUUACUCGUAUUGUAAGUUUGUCAUUUUUUACCUUUCGUAUUGUAUGAUAAUAUUUCAUUUUUUUUGCUUUUUAAGUUGGUAUCGUUAUACGCCAAAGUGUUAGAUUUAUAAAGUUUCUUUUAAAAUGUUCAUUUUAUUUUUUUGGAUUACUGUAUUUUAGAAAAUAAUUUUUAUUUUUCAGGCCGGAAAACCCAAAGCCGACAAGCUGGUGGUAGCCUUCGCCCAGCCCGACGACAAGCACACCGACCCCAAGCAAGCAUUCGAAGGCGGCUUCCAAUCCCAAUUCACGGGCGAAACCGUCGUCAAACUGUCUGCUGCCGAAUAA